GCUUAGAAAAUUAUCUUAUUGUUGGUUUCAAAUCCAUUGAUUGUAUCAACUGUUGUAAUCCUUUGCAAUUCCUGUCCUAAACUCAACUACUGAAUAAAAGAAUCCUAAUAAAGGAAUUUCUGUUAUUGUAGAAUGAGUCAAGAAUCUGCCCACGGACAAGGCAACAAUAAUGAACACGUCAGUGUUCAUACGGAAGCAUCUAGCUUUACCCCUCCCAUCCAAAAUGAACCCGUCAAUCAACAAAAUGUUGGGAAUAACCCGAAUGCUGGAGGUCAACCCGACCUUGUGAUUCCAGCAUUUCUCGCUAAUGUGUUGCAACAAAUAGCCAAUGCGCCAAUGUUUCAACCACCUCCACCACCGCCACCUCGAGUGAUAACCUACAAAACGCUAAGGGAUAAUGGUGCAGAAUUAUUCCUUGGGGAUCGCAUCGGUGAACCCCAAAUUGCGUGGGACUGGAUCGAGCAGACUGCUCGAGUGUUGGAGGAUCUCAACGUAACCAUGGACAAUGACCCCAGACUGGCUUCUCAAUUACUUCGAAAGGAAGCCUACGAGUGGUGGAAAAGGAAUGAUGAGAGUGCGGGAACCCCUAAGCCGUGGACAUGGGCACAUUUCGAAUGGGCAUUCAAGCAAGAGUAUAUUCCGAAACGCUUUAGCGAGGAAAGACGUAAGGAAUUUGUUGAACUAGAACAGGGAGACAUGACACUCCCUGAAUAUCGUCAGAAGUUUACCAAACUUGCAAAGUUUGCGCCAACCUUGGUGAGUACCCCAGCUGAUCGCAUUGAGGAGUUCAGGAGGAAACUUCGACCUGACCUCAGGUCGCGAGUGUCCGUCCUAACCACUCUGGAUUUCGCGGAGGCCUAUAAUAUUAUAGCCAGGGCAGACAGCGACUUGAGUGCUUGCAUUGAGUAUCUGAAGACAAACAAUGCUAGCUCAAGCACUCACCGUCCCAUCAACUCUGUUUCAAAAGGAAAAAGGCCCCUCCAGGAAUCUAGUAGUUCACAUUUCUCUAAAAAGGGAAAAUCUGCACAAACUCAGUCAAUGACAUCCGGUAAUAGAACCAAGGGGUGGAAAAAUCCACAGUGUGACAAAUGCGGAAGGCACCACCCUGGGGAAUGUUGGCUUACACAAGGGUUAUGUCUCGGUUGUGGAAAACCAGGACAUUUCCGAAAGGAGUGCCCUACAAAUCCUGGAGAACCAUUCCCACCUACCCCCGUUGCUAGCAAGUCUGCAUCAGCACGACCUGCACCAAGUCAGCGGUCAACUACGGGAUCUAAUCCUGCCAAAAGUCAAAACAAACAGCAAGGACGAGCUCCUGCCCGUACCUACGCAAUGAAAGCUCGAGAUGAGGAAAACCCUGACGUCAUUCAAGGUAUGUUUUCUUUAUUUGAUACUGUCAUGCAUGUGUUAAUAGACCCUGGAUCAACGUUGUAUUAUAUCUGUGUACAUAUGCCUGAAAAAGCUGACAUAAUGAAAGAGCGAUUGGAACAACCUAUACUAGUGUCUAACCCGUUAGGACAUAGUAUGAGGUUAGAUCAUGUGUAUCAAGACUGUCCAUUGAUUGUUGAAGGACAUUAGUUCUCUUCCAAUCUUGUUGAAUUACCGUACAAAGAAUUUGACAUCAUCCUCGGAAUGGAUUGGCUCACCGAACACCAAGCAAUUAUCGAUUGCCGACGACGAACGAUUCAACUAAAGUCUGGAGAGGGAAAGUCUAUAGAGGUGAAUGAGAAUCUAACACCUAGAUCCACUGAAUUCAUCUCGUACAUACACGCUAGGCGUCUCAUUCGAAAGAAAUGUGAGGCUUAUCU